AUGUUUGAUCCACAGUUUCGUCUCUCGCCAGACCAAUUGGGUAAUAAUGGUACAUCCGAUGAUUCAUUGUCCAAUGGUCUCUGGUCACAAAUGUCGUUUGAUCAUCUUCUUGAACAUCACGAUGCACCGUCAACGAAAUCUCUAACAGUUAACGACACAACAAAUAACGAUUUCUGGUCGUCAGCACAAUUCAAUGAUUUUUUUAAUAAUUAUAAUCAACAAUAUCAGCAGCAAAAUCCACCUCUUGAUAUUUCAUCAUUACUAUCAUCAUCACCACCUCAACAACAACAACAACAACAACAACAACAGCAGCAGCAGCAGCAGCAGCAACAGCAGCAGCUUCUGCAUCAGCAAGUACCACCACUACAACAGCAAAACUUCGCAUUACCUCCGUUAGUUGACAACCAUAUAUUCGAACCACAAGCAGAUUCUCAACCACUAUUUUUCGGUGCAUAUCAUCCCGAGAACAAUCCAGUGUCAAUGAGGCGAGACGCGCUUCGUCCUCAUCAACAACAUCAACAACCAUUUAUCAAUCGCUCUCGACAAAUUCCACAACUUCAGCGGCAACAUCAGCAUCAGCGAACUCCUCCCCUUCUUCAAAUACCUAAUGAAGAUCACUAUCAACAACCACAACAGCAGCAUCAACCAUCACAUCACCAUACAAUUGGUCCAUCACGUUUCAAACAAAACCAACUGCCUGCUUAUGUUGCUUGUUUAAAUCAUGGCAUUAACUAUAAUGGUGUAUCCGGUCCACCCAUUCUUCUCCCACCAUCGUUUUAA